GGCUCCAGUCCCGCUCCGCGCGGCGCUGCUCCGCUACGGCUCCCGCUCGCCUUCGGUUCGGGCUCCGGCUCCGGUGGCGUCGCCUUCCCAGCAGCGGGUCCCCAGGACCCAGGCAGCGGUCCCCAGCCAUGGCCCGUGCUCAGGCUCUGGUCCUGGCGCUCACCUUCCAGUUCUGCGCGCCGGAGACCGAGACUCCCGCAGCUGGCUGCACCUUUGAGGAGGCGAGUGACCCAGUCGUGCCCUGCGAGUACAGCCAGGCUCAGUAUGAUGACUUCCAGUGGGAGCAAGUGCGGAUCCACCCUGGCACCCGGGCCCCUGCAGACCUGCCCCAUGGUGCCUACUUGAUGGUCAAUGCUUCCCAGCAUGCUCCAGGCCAGAGGGCCCAUAUUGUUUUCCAGACCCUGAGUGAGAAUGACACCCACUGUGUGCAGUUCAGCUACUUCCUGUAUAGCCGGGAUGGGCACAGUCCAGGCACUCUAGGUGUCUAUGUGCGUGUGAAUGGGGGCCCUCUGGGCAGUGCGGUGUGGAAUAUGACUGGAUCCCAUGGCCGGCAGUGGCACCAGGCUGAGCUGGCCGUCAGCACUUUCUGGCCCAAUGAAUAUCAGGUGCUGUUUGAGGCCCUCAUCUCCCCAGACCACAAGGGCUACAUAGGCUUAGAUGACAUCUUGCUAUUCAGCUACCCCUGUGCAAAGGCCCCUCACUUCUCCCGCCUUGGAGACGUGGAGGUCAAUGCGGGCCAGAAUGCAUCCUUCCAAUGCAUGGCAGCAGGCAGAGCUGCAGAGGCAGAGCGCUUCUUCCUGCAGCGGCAGAGUGGGGUGCUGCUGCCUGCUGCAGGGGUGCGGCACAUCAGCCACCGGCGCUUCCUGGCCACUUUCCCUCUGGCCUCUGUAGACCGAGCUGAGCAGGAUCUGUAUCGCUGCGUGUCUCAGGCCCCGCGCGGGGCUGGUGUCUCCAACUUUGCGGAGCUCAUCGUCAAAGAGCCUCCCACCCCCAUCGCGCCCCCACAGCUGCUGCGUGCAGGCCCCACCUACCUCAUCAUCCAGCUCAACACCAACUCCAUCAUUGGCGACGGGCCGAUCGUGCGCAAGGAGAUCGAGUACCGCAUGGCUCGGGGCCCGUGGGCCGAGGUGCAUGCUGUCAAUCUGCAGACCUACAAGCUGUGGCAUCUUGACCCAGACACCGAGUAUGAGAUCAGUGUGCUGCUCACGCGUCCUGGGGAUGGAGGCACAGGCCGCCCGGGGCCACCACUGCUCAGCCGGACCAAGUGUGCAGAGCCCAUGAGGGCCCCCAAAGGCCUGGCUUUUGCUGAGAUCCAGGCUCGCCAGCUGGCCCUGCAGUGGGAGCCCCUGGGCUACAAUGUGACACGUUGCCACACUUACACUGUGUCCCUCUGCUAUCACUACAACCUGGGUGGCAGCCACAACCAGACCGUCCGGGAGUGUGUGAAGAUGGAGCGGGGUGCCAGCCGCUAUACUAUCAAGAAUCUGCUACCGUUUAGGAGCAUCCAUGUGCGUUUGAUCCUCACAAACCCUGAGGGGCGCAAGGAGGGCAAGGAGGUCACCUUCCAGACAGAUGAAGAUGUGCCUGGUGGGAUUGCAGCUGAGUCCCUAACCUUUACCCCACUGGAAGACAUGAUCUUUCUCAAGUGGGAGGAGCCCCAGGAGCCCAAUGGCCGCAUCACUCAGUAUGAGAUCAGCUACCAAAGCAUCGAGUCCUCGGACCCAGCAGUGAAUGUGCCCGGCCCACGGCGCACCAUCUCCAAACUCCGCAAUGAGACUUACCACGUCUUCUCCAACCUGCACCCCGGUACCACCUACCUGUUUUCUGUGCGUGCCCGUACCAGCAAGGGCUUCGGCCAGGCAGCUCUCACCGAGAUUACCACCAACAUCUCAGCUCCCAGCUUUGAUUAUGCUGACAUGCCGUCACCCCUGGGCGAGUCUGAGAACACCAUCACAGUGCUGCUGAGGCCGGCCCAGGGCCGUGGAGCACCCAUCAGCGUGUACCAGGUGGUUGUGGAGGAAGAGCGACCCCGGCGGUUGCGGCGGGAGCCAGGAGGUCAGGACUGCUUCUCGGUACCUCUGACCUUUGAGACGGCACUGGCCCGAGGCCUGGUCCACUACUUUGGGGCUGAGCUGGCUGCCAGCAGCCUGCCUGAGGCCAUGCCCUUCACUGUGGGGGACAACCAGACCUAUCGUGGCUUCUGGAAUCCACCGCUUGAGCCCAGGAAGGCCUACCUCAUCUACUUCCAGGCAGCAAGCCACCUGAAAGGGGAAACCCGACUGAACUGCAUCCGAAUUGCCAGAAAAGCCGCUUGUAAGGAGAGCAAACGACCCCUGGAAGUGUCCCAGAGAUCAGAGGAGAUGGGGCUCAUCCUGGGCAUCUGUGCAGGUGGCCUCGCUGUUCUCAUUCUCCUCCUGGGGGCCAUCAUUGUCAUCAUUCGCAAAGGGAGGGACCGCUAUGCCUACUCCUACUAUCCGAAGCCAGUGAACAUGACUAAGGCCACCGUCAACUAUCGCCAGGAGAAGACUCACAUGAUGAGUGCUGUGGACCGCAGCUUCACAGACCAGAGCACCCUGCAGGAGGAUGAGCGGCUGGGCCUGUCCUUCAUGGAUGCUCCUGGCUACAGUCCCCGGGGAGACCAGCGAAGCAGUGGGGUCACCGAGGCCAGCAGCCUCCUGGGGGGCUCCCCUCGGCGCCCAUGUGGCCGGAAGGGCUCCCCGUAUCACACAGGACAGCUGCACCCCGCAGUACGGGUAGCUGACCUCCUACAACACAUCAACCAGAUGAAGACGGCAGAGGGCUAUGGCUUCAAGCAGGAAUAUGAGAGUUUCUUUGAAGGCUGGGAUGCCACCAAAAAGAAAGACAAGCUCAAAGGCAGCCGGCAGGAGACAGUGUCUGCCUAUGACCGUCACCGAGUGAAACUGCACCCAAUGCUGGGAGACCCGGAUGCUGACUACAUUUCUGCCAACUACAUAGACAUUCGGAUAAACCGACAAGGCUACCACAGGUCAAACCACUUCAUAGCCACUCAAGGGCCGAAGCCUGAAAUGAUCUACGAUUUCUGGCGCAUGGUGUGGCAGGAACAGUGUGUGAGCAUCGUCAUGAUCACCAAGCUGGUAGAGGUGGGCAGGGUAAAGUGCUCUCGCUACUGGCCUGAGGACUCAGACAUGUAUGGAGACAUCAAGAUCACACUGGUAAAGACAGAGACACUGGCUGAGUAUGUGGUGCGCACCUUUGCCCUGGAGCGGAGAGGCUACUCCACCCGGCACGAGGUCCGCCAGUUCCACUUUACAGCCUGGCCAGAGCAUGGCGUCCCCUACCAUGCCACGGGGCUGCUGGCCUUCAUCAGGCGUGUGAAGGCUUCCACUCCACCUGAUGCUGGGCCCGUUGUCAUCCACUGCAGCGCAGGCACUGGCCGCACAGGCUGCUACAUCGUCCUGGACGUGAUGUUGGACAUGGCUGAAUGUGAGGGCGUCGUGGACAUUUACAACUGUGUGAAGACCCUCUGUUCCCGGCGGGUCAACAUGAUCCAGACUGAGGAACAAUACAUCUUCAUCCAUGAUGCAAUCCUGGAGGCCUGCCUGUGCGGGGAGACCACGAUCCCUGUCAAUGAGUUCAAGGCCACCUACAGGGAGAUGAUCCGAAUUGACCCUCAGAGUAAUUCCUCCCAGCUUCGGGAAGAAUUCCAGACGCUGAACUCGGUCACACCGCCGCUGGACGUGGAGGAGUGCAGCAUUGCCCUGCUGCCCCGGAACCGAGACAAGAACCGCAGCAUGGAUGUGCUGCCGCCGGACCGCUGCCUGCCCUUCCUUAUCUCCACCGACGGGGACCCUAACAACUACAUCAACGCAGCCUUGACCGACAGCUACACACGGAGCGCAGCCUUCAUCGUGACCCUGCAUCCGCUGCAGAGUACCACACCUGACUUCUGGCGGCUGGUCUACGACUAUGGGUGCACCUCCAUCGUCAUGCUCAACCAGCUUAACCAGUCCAACUCUGCCUGGCCCUGCCUGCAGUACUGGCCAGAGCCAGGCCGGCAGCAGUAUGGCCUCAUGGAGGUGGAGUUUGUGUCUGGCACAGCAAACGAGGAUUUGGUGGCCCGAGUGUUCCGGGUGCAAAACACUUCUCGGCUGCAGGAGGGCCACCUGCUGGUUCGGCACUUCCAGUUCCUGCGCUGGUCUGCUUACCGGGACACGCCUGACUCCAGGAAGGCCUUCCUGCACCUGCUGGCUGAGGUGGACAAGUGGCAGGCAGAGAGUGGGGAUGGGCGCACCGUGGUGCAUUGUCUGAAUGGUGGUGGCCGCAGUGGUACCUUCUGCGCCUGUGCAACGGUCUUGGAGAUGAUCCGCUGUCACAGCCUAGUGGAUGUUUUCUUUGCUGCCAAAACACUUCGGAACUACAAGCCCAAUAUGGUGGAGACCAUGGAUCAAUACCACUUCUGCUACGACGUGGCCCUGGAGUACCUGGAGGCUCUGGAAUUGAGAUAGCAGGCGCCUGGCCUGGGGCACCCACUGAGCACCCAGGGCGUGGCCCAUCAUCCCAGACUGGAGAGGAGGGCCCGUGCCCCCAACUUUGCUCAGCCAUAAUUCCACAGGGAGAACACUGGAGUGGACGCUGCACUGUCUUGGUGGACCCAACCGGCAGACUGCAGGCCAAGGAGGAGCUGUGCAAGGCUGCAGCCAGCCCCACCUCCAGAGGGCCCUGCAGACCUGCGCAGAGAAGCCUGGGACAGUGACACUGGCCAGAACAGCCAGUACUGGGAACCCAGGUCAGGCCCCUCCACUCCAUUCCAGUCCUUGGCAAGAAAUGAAUGAGGGCUGCGAGAGAGUCCAAGGUUUGCACCCAGCGUGGCUCCUACUGCACAUGGUGGAGGCUCACUGGGCUUGGCAGGGGCUGAGUCCCACCUGGCGUAGCCCCUGAGAGUCCUGAAGCUGGGACUUCACCGUCUUGCCAGUGGGACACGCUAGCCUUCCUGUGGCUCUGUUCUCCAUCCCACUGCAGACCCGGGGUGCCCUGCUCCCCGUGCUUUCCUACUUCUGCUUCUGAGUUUCCUGCAACAGGGCCCGCGCCUCUCUCCUGGGCUCCAUCCCUGCCUGGCCCGGUAUGUGCAGAACAUCACCUCAGCUCCUUCUUCCCCAGCCUUCAGGGCUCCGGCUCAGUCGUGCUCAGUGUGGGCCUGUGACAAUCCAUGAGGCCGAAUCCCAGCCCCCCCAGAGUUGAGGUCCCGUGGCUCUUGGUGAGGCUGCCACUGGGUUGAGGCAGGGUAGAGCAGGGCUGGUGACAGCUCCUAGUCAGAGGAAGAAGGGUGCUAUGGGAUGGAGGACCAGGACUUUUUUGUUGUUACUUCAUUUUUGUUUUUUUGAUGGGAGGGUGGGAAGUUCUCUUUAUAAUGGGGUAGGCCACACCCCCAUUUCGUGCCUCAAUUUCCCCAUCUGUAAACUGUAGAUAUGACUACUGACCUACCUCACAGGGGGCUGUGGGGAGGUGUAAGGUAAUGUUUGUAAAGCGCUUUGUAAAUAAACGUGCUCUCUGAAUGCCA